AGAUCUGUCUAUAGUUUGAAAGGGACAGACCUCUUUGAGACUCUCGGAUAUAAAGACACAAAUGCUUUUUCUUUCUCUCUCUGUCACUUACCAAAGAAAGCCACCUAAUCUCUCUGCCAUCUCCCACACUGCGACAACAUCACAUGUUCAGAAGUUUGAUUAACAGUGUGAGACUGAGCUGUCAGCAAUAUUGAGUGAUUAAGACAUAAAUCUUCACGAGAGAGAGAGAGAGAGAGACAGCGGUUCACACAUGCUGUGAAGAUGAUGCGAGCUCAGAUUGAGGUGAUCCCAUGUAAGAUCUGUGGAGACAAGUCAUCAGGGGUUCAUUAUGGAGUCAUCACUUGUGAAGGCUGCAAAGGUUUCUUUCGCAGAAGUCAGUCCUCUAGCGUGCAGUACUCAUGCUCCAGACAAAGCAAUUGCCCCAUUGACCGUGCCAGCCGUAAUCGUUGCCAGAGCUGCCGUCUAAAAAAAUGUGUCGCUCAAGGAAUGAGCCGAGAUGCGGUGAAGUUUGGGCGAAUGUCCAAGCGUCAGAGAGAUUCACUAUUUGCAGAAGUUGAGAGACAUCGCCAGCAUCAGCGUCUUCAAGCCAACUCAGUCCAGGAGCCCCAACCUCUCCAAGCCUACCGAUCCAGCAAAGAUACCAGAGAACAGCCAUCACAUCUCAUCCCACCUCUACCGGCAGCCUACCCUUUUUCUGUAGAGCCAGAACUUGCAGGCUGCCCAGCAGAAGUAAUUCCAUACCUGGACUGUCACAUAGUUGAGGCCCAGACUCAGGGUUUGGCCUAUAGAGUCCCCCUCAGGAGAGGUGAGAACAACAGCUUGUCAGCUGGGAGAGGAUUUGAGUCCACAAGAUCUACACCUGAGUCUAUUCUGAACAUGACUGGGAGUGAAAUGGGGUUUCAUCCUUUUGAUCCUGAGAGCUCAUUCUUUUCCUAUCCAACCUCUCUACAAACAGAGGAGCUUGCUGCAAGUAUUAUACGCUCACAUAAAGAGACCACUCAGUAUCGACUGGAAGAACUGCAGGCUCUCAGAUGGAAGGUUUUCAGCAGGGAGGAGGUCCACAUAUACCAGAGCAAACCAGUGGAUGAGAUGUGGCAGUACUGUGCUGUACGUUUGUCAGAUGCCGUUCAGUAUGUGGUGGAAUUUGCUAAACGUAUCCCAGGGUUCCGCCAGCUUUGUCAGAAUGAUCAAAUUGCUCUCCUCAAGAGUGGGUCCAUGGAAGUGGUUCUGGUCCGGAUGACUCGGAUGUUUAACACAGCAAACAACACAGUAUUCUUUGAUGGCAAAUAUGCAGGGACAGAACUCUUCAAAUCUCUUGCAUGUAGCGAUCUAAUAGCUGCAGUUUUUGAAUUCGCUAACAAUCUGUGUGCACUGAGACUGAAUGAACAGCAGAUGGCGGUGUUUACAGCAAUGAUCCUAAUCAAUCCAGAUCGACCAUGUCUGGAGGACAGGGAAAGAGUUCAGAGAGUAAGGACAGAAGUUGAGCUUGCCCUUAGACACAUACUGCACAGAGAUAAUCAAGAGAGUCUACUGCAGAAGCUGUAUCAGAGAGUGCCGGUGUUGAGGUCUAUGUGUGCACUGCAUAUUGAGAAACUGCAAUGGUUCCGGCAGCUUUACCCUCUCACUGUUCAUUCCCUUUUCCCUCCACUAUACAAAGAGCUUUUUGGCUCUGACGCAGAUAUACAUUCACUGACCACACACUAAACAAACACUGACACAUUUCAGUUUCAGAUAUAGAAAUGAUAUCAUAUCACAUACAGUAGUGUAUGCAUUAAAGGUUUAAAUAUAUUAUUAACCUGAUAAAAUAAACAUUCUUGCAACUCCUAAAAAAACAUAAUGUCUAUUGUCUACCGUUUAGUGUAAUUUCUAAUCAAAAUAUCUCACUUUGAUUAUUCUAAAACAUUAUAUAUUUGAAUGUUUUUUGAAAGACCUUUAAUCCUUACAAUAAAACUUUACUGCUUAUAAAGAUAUUGAUAUGACCAAAUACACAAUUAAAGAUUUCAAAUCUCUGUCAAAUAUAGUGAGUUCAGGAACUGGCAUCUUUGAACUGAAGUUAUUUAGCAAUUGUGAAUUAUUUUUUCUCAGAUACAUGUAUGCUUAGUGAUUUGUUACCUAUAGCCUACUACAUUACUGCAUUAAUUUAACUAUGGUCAUCUGUUCUGACACCUGAUAUGUCACUUUUCUAUACUUCUUUCACAUUAAAGCUUGUCUUGGUAAUUGUAA